AUGUCGCUCAAAGGUCUCACUAUCGGUGCUAUAAUCUUCUCAUCGGUGACACUGCUGGCAUGUCUAUUCGCUGUCUGGUCAAUCUCCAAAGAUGUCGACGAUAUUUGGGCUGAAAUUGACUCUGAAAUGAGUUCAUUCAAGGUAGUUCUGUACCGAUUGGUUUUGGUGUCGCCAAAGCAGAUUUUCCAUUUUGUUUGA